AUGGCCGCCGAGAAGGACCUGGAAAGCAGCCCGGAGGCCAAGGUGGCGGCUGAGAAGCCGAGUCUGGAGAAGACACCAUCCAUCACUGGCAAAUCCAUCCUCGAGGGUGAAGUCAUCCAGCAGCUCGACCAGGGUGAGGUCUUCCUGCGCGAGAGCGGCUAUGACUGGGCCCAGGUCGAGGCCAUCCUCAACGACAAGCAGAAGAUGAGGGCCCUUACCCGGAAGGUUGAUACGUGGUUGCUGCCGCUGCUCAUGGGAACCUACGUCCUGCAAUACAUCGACAAGUCCACCACCUCCUAUGGCGCUGUCUUCGACCUGCUCACCGAGACGAACAUGACUGGCGACGAGUACUCCUGGACUGCGAGUUUGUUCUACUUCGGAUACCUAUUUUGGGAGUACCCCGCAAGUUACAUCGCACAGCACUGGCGCACUGGAAAGGCCGUUUCAAUCACUGUCAUCGCAUGGGCCAUCGUUCUCAUGAUCACUGCUGCGUGCGAAAACUUCGGUGGCGUGGCAGUCUGCAGAUUCUUCUUGGGAUGCUUCGAGGCGCCCAUUACCCCCUGCUUCAUGUUGAUUGUUUCCAUGUGGUACUCCAGAGAUCAGCAACCCUUCAGGGCUGGUUGCUUCUACUGCUGUAACGGACUGGGGUCUGCCCUUGGCGGAAUCUUCACCUACGCAAUCGGACAAAUCGAUGGCUUCCCCGUGUACAAGGCUAUAUUCCUGAUCUGCGGUUUCAUCACCUUGAUUUGGGGUGGCGUUCUUCUGUGGCUUCUGCCGGACAACCCCAUGACUGCCAAGCGCUUCACACUAGAGGAGAAAGCAACCCUGCUCGGUAUCGGCCGAAGGAAUCAGACUGGCACCUUGAACCGCACCAUCAAGCCGAACCAGAUCAAGGAGGCCUUUAUGGACGUACAAGUUUGGGUUCUUUUCUGUUUCGUCCUGCUCAACGAGCUUAUGAACGGAGGUGUUGCCAACUUUGGCAAGCUCAUCAUCAAAGGUCUCGUCCACGACCCUCUUAAGACGACCGCUCUUGGGAUCCCGCAAGGGUUCUUCCAGCUGUUUUUUGUCCUCUCUGGUGGCUUUUUUGCUUCUUACUUCAAAAACUCAAGGACCAUAAUCAUGGCCAUCUAUGUGCUUCCCACCAUCGCGGGUGCCUCAAUUCUCUGGAAGAUGCCUCGGUCCAACAAGGUUGGCUGCCUGUUCGGCUAUUACAUUGUCGGAGCCUACGUCGCUUCCCUCACGAUUGCCCUACAGAUGCCGGCCUCGAACGUGGGUGGUUAUACCAAGCGUGUCACUGCCACAGCUUUCGUCUUUCUCGCGUAUUGCAUCGGCAACAUCGUUGGUCCGCACGCCUUUCUCUCCUCUGAGGCUCCCAUCUACCAGACCGGCAUCAAGAUGAUUCUAGCCUGCUCUUGCUGCCAGCUUGGCCUGGCCGUCUUCCUGCGCUUCUGGCUCAUCAAGCGCAAUACCGAGCGCGACAGGAAGCUCGCCGAGCAAGGUGGUCCGGCCACAAGGGAAGACGAGCCCAUGAUGGACAGGACGGAUUUCGAGAAUCCGGCAUUCCGCUACUCGCUAUGA